AUGGGUCCCCUGUACCGCCUCCUCGAUCUUGCUGCUGCCAGGCCCGUAAUCUGCCAUGGGCCCCCGUACCAACCGACUUCACAUGCUGCUGCCAGGCCCGUAAUCUGUCAUGGGCCCCUGUACCGCCUCCUCAUGCUGCUGCCAGGUCCAGAGUGUGUCAUGGGUCCCUGUACGGCCUCCCAUUGCUGCUGUCUCCAUCGCCACACUCUGCCAUGUGCCACUUUAUCAGGUCUCCUCACACUGCUGAUGGGUUCCAUUUUUUCAUAGGGAGCUGUAUGGCCUCCCAUUGCUGCUGCCUCCACCGCCACACUGUGUGGCUCCACACUCUGGUUUUGGCCCCGUGACUGCCAAAAUGAGUGAAGUGUGCGGUGAUAUUCUAAGAAUCGACGGCACUCAUCUGCAUGUCAUACUGACUGACAGUAUUAUUUCUCUUCCCCAGCAGACUCCAAGGGCAUUUAAAUUAAAGGUACAGUGUUCUGCACUAAUAUUA